GGUGUGAAAGGGGCCAGAGGACUGACUUCAUUUUCCACUUGUGACAUUCAGUAUGUGCGGGAUCACAGCCCUGGUGGACAUGGGAAACCUGAAUGCCCGGUGCAUCCAACUGAGCUGGUGUUUGCCUUGGACCAGUCCCGGGAUGUCACCGAGCAGGAAUUUGAGCGGAUGAAGGGGAUGGUGGCCUCCCUGGUGAGGGAUGUCAGAGUUCGGGAGAGCAGCUGCCCCGUGGGCGCCCGCGUGGCCAUCCUGGCCUAUGACACCCACGCCCGGCACCUGGUGCGCUUCUCAGACGCCUACAAGAAGGACCAGCUUCUGCGGGAAAUCGAGGCUCUUCCUUACCAGAGGUCCCCCGACGGCAGGGAGCUGGGCAAAGCCAUGAGGUUCAUCUCCAGGAACGUCUUCAAGCGGACGCUGCCCGGCGCACACACCAGGAGAAUCGCCACCUUUUUCAGCAGUGGUCAGUCAAGUGAUGCCCAGGCCAUCGCCACGGCCACCAUGGAGUUCAGUGCCCUUGACAUUGUUCCCGUCGUGGUGGCUUUCAGCAACGUGCCCUCCGUGAAGCGGGCCUUUGCGAUCGAUGACACUGGCACAUUCCAAGUCAUAGUGGUUCCCUCGGGGGCAGACGACAUGCCAGCAUUAGAGAGACUUCAGCGGUGCACUUUCUGUUAUGACAUAUGCAAGCCGGAUGCUUCCUGCGACCAAGCCAGACCAGCCCCUGUGCAGUCUUACGUGGACGCUGCCUUCCUUCUGGAUGGCUCCCGCCACGUGGGAAGUGCUGAGUUUGAAGACCUGAGAGACUUCCUGGGGGCACUGUUAGAUCACUUUGAAAUCACCCCAGAGCCCAAGACCUCUGUCGCUGGAGACCGGGUGGCCCUGCUGAGCCACGCUCCCCCUGACUUCCUACCCAAGAGUCAGAGGAGUCCCGUGAGAACUGAGUUCAACCUCACCACCUACAGCAGCAGGCGCCUGAUGAAGAGGCACGUGGAACAGUCAGUUCAGCAGCUAAAUGGAGAUGCGUUUAUCGGGCACGCCUUACAAUGGACUCUGGACAAUGUCUUUUUAGGCACGCCCAAUCUGAGAAGAAACAAAGUCAUAUUUGUAAUAUCUGCUGGGGAAACCAGUCCCUUGGAUGGGGAGACCUUAAAGAAAGAGUCCUUGCGAGCCAAGUGUCAGGGCUAUGCCCUGUUUGUGUUUUCCUUCGGCCCUGCUUGGAACGACAAGGAACUGGAAGAUCUAGCCAGCCAUCCUUUGGAUCAUCACCUGAUCCAGCUUGGUCGAAUUCAUAAACCUGACCACAGAUACGGUGUGAAGUUUGUGAAGUCCUUCAUACACUCAAUCAGGCGUGCGAUCAACAAAUAUCCCCCACUAAACUUCAAAGAAAAGUGCAACAGAUUCAGUUCUACAGAUACAAAGCUGCCACCACGCCAGUUUCGAAGCUUUGUUCCUGGACGACAGAAAGCUGCCCUCAAAGACGCAUUAAAGGAGGCAAAAUUCUUCCAAGAUAAAAAACACCUUUCAAGAGUAGCAAGAGGUGGCAGAGAUGCUAUUCAAAAUGUUCCCAGAAGCACAUUCCAUAUCUUUAAAAAUGAAAAAAAGAUGGUAAAAGCUACCCUCAAACAACAUGAUAAAGGAAGUGUCUGAACAAUUUAGCCGUAGGAACCAUGGUAAGACUCUGGACUUAAAAUAUAACCACAUCCACUCCAGAA